AUGGAUGACAAAUCCAACAAGCUGCUCCUGGCCCUGGUGAUGCUGUUCCUUUUCGCCGUGAUCGUUGUGCAGUACGUCUGCCCCGGCACAGAAUGCCAGCUCCUCCGCCUGCAGGCGUUCGCCUCGUCCCGUGCUGACCCGUACCGCACCGAGGACGAAAGUCCGCCCCGCUUCGUAGCCCGCCUCAAUUUCACCGACGCCGAACUCCUGCGGAAGGUCGACUUCAACAUCAAGGGGGACGACCUCAUCGUCUUCCUGCACAUUCAGAAGACCGGGGGCACCACUUUCGGCCGCCAUCUGGUGCGCAACAUUCAGCUGGAGCAGCCGUGCGAGUGCAAAGCCGGCCAGAAGAAAUGCACUUGUCACCGGCCCGGCAAACGCGAGACCUGGCUCUUCUCCCGCUUCUCCACCGGCUGGAGCUGCGGCUUGCAUGCUGACUGGACCGAGCUCACCAACUGUGUGCCCUCCAUCGUGGACAGCAAGAAAGAUGUCAAGCUACGACCUACCAGUUGUUGUAAGAGCAAGAAAGCUCACUGCGUCUGCAGAGACCCCAAAGGAGCCUAUCAGAGGCGAGGAACAAAGAAGAGAAGGAACUUUUACUAUAUCACCAUCCUUCGUGAUCCUGUAUCCCGGUAUUUGAGUGAAUGGAGACACGUUCAGAGAGGAGCAACAUGGAAAGCCUCUUUGCAUGUCUGUGAUGGAAGGUCUCCAACUAUUGAAGAGCUUCCCAGCUGUUACACAGGGGAUGAUUGGUCUGGCUGUUCUCUUAAAGAGUUUAUGGACUGUCCCUAUAAUCUGGCCAAUAAUCGCCAGGUCCGCAUGCUUUCUGAUCUGAGUUUAGUUGGCUGUUACAAUCUGUCCGUGAUGCCAGAAGAGCAGAGAAACAAGGUUCUUCUAGACAGCGCCAAAGAGAACCUGAAAUGCAUGGCUUUCUUUGGGCUCACUGAGUUUCAAAGAAAGACUCAGUAUCUGUUUGAGAAAACCUUCAACAUGAACUUCAUCUCGCCCUUUACACAGUAUAACAACACGAGAGCAUCCAGUGUGGAAAUAGAUCAGCACACUCAAAAGCGGAUUGAGGCCCUCAACUUCUUAGACAUGGAAUUGUACGAAUAUGCAAAAGACCUUUUCCUGCAAAGAUAUCAGUUUACAAGGCAGAAAGAUCAUCAGGAAGCCCGCCGGAAGCGUCAAGAACGGAAAAUUCUGAAGACCAGACAUGCUCCCAAGCGCGAUCAAACUGACAACGCAACCUCUGAUUAUGUAGAAGAUGUCGAAAAAUGGCGAUAA